AUGUCCUCUGCAGACGAAGUCGAUAUUGGGCGGCUCUCUGAGAGCGAGCGGGAGGCCCUGCAGACCUACACGACCGUCACGGGCCAGGAGCCUGCCGCUGCUAUUCCCUUGUUGCGCCGUUCACAAUGGAAUGUCCAGAUCGCCAUUUCCAAGUUCUAUGACGGUGAAGGCCCCGACCCUGUCGAGGAGGCUCGUGCCGCGCUCAAUUCGCCGCCACGGCCGACUCGCCGGACACAGAACCUGAUGUACGAUGAUGACCUUCCUCCACGGUCAUCUGCGACGUCCGCUCGGGCUGCUGGGCUGGAGCCCGCUCCGCGCAUUGUCACCCAGCCAGAGGGCCAACCGUCCUCCCGGCCGCCGUUUCUGCUCGCCCUUCUCUUCACCCCGUUCAAUCUCCUGUAUCGACUGCUCUACAGCUCAUUCCGCCUUUUCGGGACAUUGUUCCCAUUCCUUCCACGAUUCUUCAAUGUGACUGCGAAUCCCGCGCUACAGGGGGUGCAGCGAAAUACGAGUGGACGCAGGCCGCUGGGACCGAAGGAUACGGCAGCGCGGUUUAUCCGGGAGUUUGAGGAGGAGUUCGGCAGUCAUUCGCUGCCCUUCCUCGAGAAUGGAUACAAUAUGGCACUGGAAAAAGCCCAUCGAGACUUGAAAUUCUUGCUCGUGGUGCUCUUGUCGCCGGAGCACGACGAUACCAGCUCGUGGGUUAGGGAAACGUUGCUGUCUCGAGAGGUGACGGAGUUCAUCAACGACUCCAGAAAUGAGCUCCUCCUGUGGGGAGGAAAUGUCCAGGACUCGGAAGCGUAUCAGGUGGCCAAUUCGCUCCGCUGCACCAAAUUCCCAUUUGCAUCGGUGAUUGUGCACACUCCCAACGUCAGCUCCACCGCCAUGUCCACCAUUGCCCGAAUCGCAGGCAACACGUCUCCAUCGGAGUUUGUGUCGAAGCUACGGACAGCCAUCAACCAGAACAAGGAGCCUCUCGAUCGAGUCCGUGCACGACGGGCGGAACAGCAGGCCUCUCGGACGCUCCGGGAGGAGCAGGACUCGGCCUACCAACGGUCUUUGGCCCAGGACCGGGAACGGGCACGGCAACGACGGGAGGCCGAAGAGGCCCGUCAGCGGGCGGAGCAGGAGGAGGCCGCCCGCAAAGCCGCGGAGGAGAAAUACGCGCGAGAUCUGCAGCAGUGGAAAGAGUGGCGGGCACAAUCGCUACCGCCCGAGCCGGGGCCAGAUGUGAAGGAUGCGAUCCGAAUCUGCAUUCGAAUGCCCUCGGGCGAGCGAGUCAUCCGCCGGUUCGCCGCGGACGCCGACCUGGAGGAGGUCUACGCGUUUGUGGAGUGCUACGAUGUGCUGCAAGCGGGUCAGCCGUCAGGCUCGACCGUGUCCGAGCCGGAAGGAUUUGACCAUAAAUAUGGCUUCCGGCUGGUAUCGCCGAUGCCGAGGACGGUCUACGAGGUGGAAUCGGGGGGCUCUGUCCGGGAGCGCAUCGGACGGGGCGGUAACCUCUUGGUGGAGACGAUUGAAGACGACGAAGAAGACGAAGAGGAGGGCGAUACACAGUCGUAG